CAAUUCCUAAUCAAUUUUAAGAUUUUUAUUCUUAGUUCAAAUUGUACUAAAAGUGAGCAUAAUAAUUUUGGGACUGAGGCAUUAGAAAGGCAACUAUAUACAAAAAAAAGGAGGAAAAAAUCAACUAUCCUUUUUAACUAAAAAUGAGAGUGUGUUAGUACAAAUAAUUAUUUCAUUUUGGAAUAUGGAGAGAUCGAAGAAAAAAUAAGGGAAGGAAAUUGAAGAAAACGUUCCAUAAGAUAUUAAUGAUAUGAAUUUAUUGUACCAAAAAGAAUUUUAUUAUCAAAAGUUUAAAAAUUUAAAUUUGCACAAAGAAAGGGAAUACAUGGUUAAAUUUAUUGUUUGUCCGUGGUAAUUUUUCUUUUGAAAUCUAUUGAUUUUUCCUUUGAAAACCACAAAUCAAGACACAGCCUUAGGGCAAAAAUUAGCGCGCUCAUACCACCGGCGUAUGAAUCUACGACGUCGUAACUCGUAACGCGAGGAACCCCUUUUAUUUUGGGUUAAUAAGAACACUUGCAUUGAAACCAGAGGCGUGGGAAACGACGACUGAGGUUUUAGAAUGAGGUUCAACUUCGACUUUUCAGGAUCAAACGAUGACGGUCGACAAUCAACGCCGCCGUCUACUUCCACUCCAGCCGAAGAUGUCCAAUGGCUUCCGCUCCAGAACCAUCCGGUCUUCUCUGCCGCUGACGGUGGCGCUCUUCCUUCUCCUCCUUCCACCAAAACUCAAACUAAUCUCUUAGCUUGGGAUGGAGCUUCGCGCCUCUACUUUUGGGACCCCAGCAGACGCUGUCUCCAUAGGAUUGCCAUUAAGUUGGGGGGGCCGGAUUCUAGUUCCAUACUCGCUGCUUCUCCCUCUAAGAUAUUGCAGCCAGAUAAGCAGCUUGAUUAUGAUGUGCAGAAGAUUUCCAUUAACAGAAAUGGAUCUGCAAUAUUCUUAUCUGGCGUGGGGAGACUAUGUGUUAUGUAUCUGUUUGGAAGGAGUUCGUCAAAACAAAGUGCUAUUAUAUGCCGGACUGUUUCAAUCGGGUCGGAUAUAUUCUUUGAUGGCAACAACCUGAUACGCCUGUUACAAGUUUGUUGGCAUCCUUGCAGUGACACACAUAUUGGGAUCCUUUCUUCUGAUUCAGUUUUUAGACUUUUUAAUUUGUCCGAGUCUCUUCAGCAACCAGAGCAGGAGUACUACUUGCAACCUGUAGAACCUAAAAGUUUACUGAAAGCUUCAUCAAUCUGUCCUGUUGAUUUCUCUUUUGGUGGAAAUCAUUUGUGGGACAGGUUCAGUGUUUUUGUUCUAUUUAGCGAUGGAUCAGUUUAUGUCCUUUGCCCGGUUAUUCCAUUUGGAAGUACAUACAGAUGGGAAACCUUACUAGAACUGCAUAGCGAUGCCCACACAUUUGGAUUAAAGUCUUCAAAUUCAAAAGCCAUUAGGAACUCUAAUAUGGCAAUUUCUUGGUUGGAAGCUACAUUUCCUCAGUUAGCUCAGCAAGCCACAGAAAGUGGAGGUUCAUUCGCCCUUAAAGCCCAGCCUUAUGCUUUUAUGGACUCUUCUCUAUUGCUGCAGGGGCCUCUGUGUAAUAUGAAUAACAGUGAAAAGGAAAGCGAUAAAAUAGAGGAUGCUGAAAGUGAAGGAUAUGCAGUUAGUUUUCUUUAUAAUCUAGUUGGCAAGGAUUCGUUAUUGAUUUCGGCAUGGAGCGGCGGGUUGCUUCAGAUAGAUGCCCUGGCUGACGAGAUUCAACCAGUUUGGAAAGAUGGUUGCCCUCCUCGUCUCUUUGUCGAUUCUUCUGAUCGUAUCCUUGGUGUGGCUAUGAUUUGUGAAUCUGUUUCCAGUGAUCUAGGUGACCGGAAGCCUGAUCUAAGCCUUGAUACUUCAGUUUGGUUGGGUCAUCCACCUCCCCUCUUAAGGUUGGCUGUUGUUGAUCUCGCUUUGCCAGGAAAAGGUGGUUCUUGCAUAUCAUUAUAUGUUGAUAAUCUUAUGCCGGAAAGGAUAUAUUGCCUUCAUGAUGGGGGUGUUGAUGCAAUUGUGUUGCACUUUUUGCCUUUCACUAAUCAGGCUAUGGGCAAGGAAGGGGCGAGAAAUCCUUCUGUGCAUCCCGUGAUCAGUUCUUGCCAGGGGGAAUCCUCUCCACUUCCAAUUUGUGGUUUCCUGUCUCUAGCAGAUUCAGUUGGAGAUUCAUGGAUUGUUGGACUUACCCAGUCCCGAGAAUGCAUUGUGUCGGAAAUGGAGACCUGGAAAUUAUCGGUUCCUUGUGUGCUUGAUCAGGAGAAAGACUCUUCAGGAGAUGAUGAACAGAAAAAAACUGAGAUUCCAACUAUCAUUAGCAAGGAUCUACUUGCGGGUCCUAAGAUAGUUGUUUUACCACCUUCUUCACCAGAUCAACGCUCUGUUGCUGCUGACUCUAUUGAUGGACGAUCAGUUAUUCAUCGAUACUUCAAGAUCUUUCAUGAAAACUAUAUGGAGUACGCUCUCAAGGUACACUUUGAACUCCAGCAUCAUGCACCUCAUGUGAAGAAAAUCAUAGAUGACCAGCACUCUCGUCUGCAGAAGGUGGAGCAAAAGCUUCUACAAGUUGAGGAGAAACAGGAAGAGUUAGACAGUCGCAUUACCCAUGCAAUUCAGCGACACAGUGCCAUUGAAGAGCGCCUACUCAAAUUAAGAAAUCUGCGUGGGCUAUUCAAGAAGCCUUUGUCAAAAGCCGAGCGAGAUUUUAAAUCGGAGCUUGACCGAUUCACUGGCGUGGAGCUGGAUGCCUUGCGAUCGACAGUUGAAGCUCUGGACGCAAGGCUAAGAAGACUCACUCGUUCUCCACAGGCAAAGCUAAUGAAUAAACAGAGUCAGAGGAGAGGAAGGAGGGCAAAUUAUGUCCAAGAAGAUGAAAUAUCACUGCUCAAAUCUUCUAUGUCAAAGCUUUCACUCAUCAACAAUGAGAACACGAAGAAAGCAAAACUCAUAGAGUCUGCUUUGAGUCGCCGAGAUUUAAGCAAGGAUCAAUAGGAUCUGUUGAAGUUGAGGGGAGUGAAACAACAUUAUGGAAUUUCGGCUGUUGCUUUGCAAGCUACCGCCAUUUUUGGACUCCCGAGGAAGUAGGCUCCACAGUAGAGACCUUGCAUUCGCCUUGUACUUUUUGUGAUCACUGAAAGUAUUUGUUGUAUAACUUAUGUGAGUAACUGCGUUUCUACAACACCAAUAUUUUGUAGAGGCUAGGAUAGAAAAAAUCAGGUGCAGAUUUGUAGGAUUAGUCUCGUAAAAUAUCAGCUAACAAACAAAUCACUUAUCACGUAAUGCCGUCUAAUUGUUACAGAACUCUCUGAGGUUACGCAUGUUUGGGUUUCCUGGAUGAUUAUGUUUGUUAUUCUGGCUCCAGAGUUUGAAACAUAUUGGCUGCUGUUGUAGAUUCUAUUUUGGCAUGGUAUUUCUGAUGGCUUUCAUGCACUCUUGCAGAGCGCAGUCAAUAUGGAACUAAGUACGUAGGUACAGUAUUCACCUUCCUUUUUAUUCCCUUUACAUCUUGUUUCCUUAGCCUUGGUCUUCUCUUUGAAAAAAUCAAGAAGCUCGAGUAGCUAUAUGAAAAAGAAUGCGCUGCCCUAUAAAUUGAUCAUGCUUAUUGAAUCCAUUAUAGAUUGCUAACUGAUAAUUUUUUCUCCUAGCUAGAAUCUCUGAUACCCAUAGUUUUCCCUCUAUUUUGCCUCUAUACUAUCUUUACAUUGCCUGAAGGAUGACAUAUCCCUAGGCUGAACGAUGAUCGGGUAGCGCUUCUGUGUUCUUGUGGUUGGAAAGAAAACCAACUUGUCUUGCUCGGCAGGCACCCAACUGUUGAUCAAAGGUAAGAGUUGAUUAGACACAAAUCACCACACACAUUACAGCUUGAUGAGGAACCAGUGAUCCCGGAAAUAAAAUUGAGGAAAGGAAAGAAGGAAAGAUGUCAUUUGUCAAGUGUAGAAGAAUUUCGCACCUGAAACCAGUAACUAUGUGAUGAAGGAAAACUGAGAGCUCUACUCUGGCAAGUUCAUAUCCUGGACAACGCCUCGGGCCACCACCAAAUGGUGUGAAUACAUUCAUCGGGGAGGUUGGUCCAGUAUUGCUGUUAUUCUGCUUGCAAUAAAGAAGGGAUUGGAGGUUCAUUAAUCUGAUUAAGUGAACUUCUGGAGCAGAGACUGAAACGAGAGGACGAGUUUUGAAUAC